AUGAAGAUUAUUUCAUGGAUUAUAUUAUUUGGAUUAUUAUUGAAUUGUAAUGGAGGUAAAAUAACAAAAAAAUAUAAGUGGUCAGAUGUUGGUAAAUGGAGUAAAAAAGCUAGUGGUAGUAAAGUAUUAAUCAUUUAUACAGGAGGGACUAUUGGUAUGUUAAAAGGAAAAAAUGGAUUAGAACCAAGAAAAGGAUAUAUGGGAGAUGUAUUAAGAGGUAUGAGUGAAAUUCAAAGUGAAACUGCAGUUACAUAUGAUAUUGUGGAAUUAGACCCAUUGUUAGAUUCAUCAAGUAUGUCACCAUCAGAUUGGACAAGAAUCGGAGAUGUAAUUAAUGCUCAUUAUAAAAAUUAUGAUGGAUUUGUUGUAUUACAUGGAACUGAUACAAUGCAAUAUACUGCAAGUGCAUUAUCCUUUAUGUUUGAAAAUUUAAGUAAAACGAUCGUUGUUACUGGCUCUCAAAUACCAAUUUCUGAACCAUAUACUGAUGCUAAAAAUAAUUUAAUUUCAUCAUUAAAAGUUGCUGCUCAUCUUAAUGUCCCUGAAGUUGUAUUAGUAUUUGGUGGAUUAUUAUUAAGAGGAAAUAGAGUAACUAAAACUUCUGCUAAUUCUUUAAGAGGUUUUUCAUCAGUAAAUUAUCCUGCAUUAGCUAAACUUGAUCUUAGAAUUGAAUUAGCUAAACCUUUUGUCCUUCAACAACCAAAAGGACCAAUGGUCUAUCAUCCUGUUAUGAGUAAAGACGUAGCUGUUUUAACAUUAUAUCCAGGAAUUACUGGAAAAACUGUUAGAAGUAUUGUUGAUUCUGGUGUUAAAGGAAUUGUUAUUCAAGCUUUUGGAGAAGGAAAUGCUCCUGAAAAUAAAGACUUUGUUUCAGCAUUACAAUAUGCUGAUCAAAAAGGAAUUGUAUUAGUAGAUACUACCCAAUGUGGUAAUGGUAAUGUUAAUAUGGAUUCUUAUGCUGCAGGUUCUGGAUUAAAAGCUGCUCAUGUUGUCAAUGGUAGAGAUAUGACUGUUUCAGCUGCAUUUACAAAAAUGGCUAAUUUGAUUGGAAGAGGACUUAAAGUGUCUCAAAUUAAAGAAUUAAUGGAAAAAGAUUUAUGUGGAGAAAUGUCAAUUCCACAAAAGGAUGAAUUAUAA